CAGACUAGAAGAAGAAGAGUUUGCUGUCGCCGUUCAAUGACGUAGAAGGCCUGGAUGACCGUGAGCUGUUUGGCAUGUUUGAAGUAAAGGGAGCGUGCUAACCACAAAAAUGAUUAAUUUACCAGUUUUGAUUAACAGCCUCAGGUGCUCUUUGUUACGCAUUGAAAGUAGACUCCUUCAGGCAGCUGGACUCGACACACAGCUGGCUCCGGGCCUGGCACUGAAUGGUCCCAGCCUUCUGCCACAGCCUGACCUGGAGCAUCAGGCGGAGGAGCAGCAGAGCGACGAGCAGCCCCCUGGCCUCUUCGAUGGCAUCCUGUGGAUGGCAGCACCCAAGAAAAGACGCACAAUUGAGGUCAACCGCACCAGGAGGAGAGACGAAAGGAAAAUGCUGAAAGUUCAGAACAACAUUGAGCCGUGUACAGAGUGUGGCCACUUGAAGCAGAAACAUGUCCUGUGUGCCUUCUGUUAUGCAAAAGUAUGCAGAGAGACCGCUGUUAUCCGCCAGCAGAUCAGUGCAAUGGAAGGCGGGCCCCUGAGGGCCCCACCUGUGGAGACGGUCGUCCUGUAUGAGGGCGAAAAGCCAAGCGAGCUGGACAAAGACAAGAGGAUAGUGGAGAGAGCGAGGAAGAGGCCUGCCUGGUUCAGCUACUGAUGAGGAUUGAUUUAAAGCUGUGUGACAGGUACACUGAUUUUGGCAAAGGUAACAGAUGUUCAUCUGUUUUUCUCUCAAAAUAUUUGAUUGAAGUGAACCUGCGUGCAUCUUUAAAAGUGAGACCAGCAGGCAUCAUAAACAUGUAAACAUAUUACUGUAUAAGAUUAAUUGGUGGUUUUUAGUGAGAUAUCCAGAAAGCCUUCAUAAUGGCUGACAAUGGUUGUUUCAAAUGAUUGUUUCCUAUGUAACUGGGUCACUCACAUUUACUGCUGAGCUUUAAAGUAAACUACUUUUAUGUAUGAAAACACUGUGUGGAUUUAUUCUGUUAAAUCUUUAGCCUUUUGGCUCAGAGUAAAGUGGAAAUAAAGCAUAAUGAAGGUUGCAUCUCUUCUGGGAGGGCUGUUCCCAAAAUGAAAUCACAUCUGACUGAAAGUGUACCUUACAGACAGUCUAAAGCUUCUCAUUGGUGACGCAGGCCAGUUUUAAUCUCGGAUAAAUCAUGUUGUGGGACUUCAGACAUUUAAUACCAAAGCAGAAUGACGGGUAUGUGUUUGAAUGGACCUUUGCCAGUCUUGUUUUGAGAACUAACACUGAUAUCACAGCAUAUUAGUCAUGAUUGGUCUCGCAUCGCUGACCGUUGGCUCAUGGAGAUUAUUUUGUUGAGAUGGAGCCAGCAUAUCUUCCAUAUACACACCCUGAUUCAGUUUCCUGGGUUUGAUCAAACGGGGGCUGCCAGUGUCGAGAGGAAUGUUUCACCAAAAGCAAAGCUUCCUACCACAUUGACAAAUGUUGACGUAUUCAAUAUAAAGCAUACUAAUGCAACACUGCUUGAAGUCUAGUCUCUUUAUGAACGCUGCCCGUC